AUGAAGUACCCAACAUUGUCUUUGCUGCUGUGCUGCCUGCUGGCCGGAGUUCUGAGUGCCCCCCAGUUUCCGGGGUCGGGCUUUGGCUACGGAUUUGCACCCUACGGAGGAUACGGCGGAUAUGGAGGAUACGGAGGAAGCUAUUCGUCGGCCAGUGCCGCAGCGAGCAGCAGUGCGGGAGGAUAUCAGGGGGGAUUCGGUUACCCGGGAUACGGAGGCUACGGAGGCUUCGGCGGAGGAUAUGGCGGUGGCUACCAGCAGCAGUACAACCAGUUCAGCAACUACAACAACUACGGAUCUUCCGGCUACGGAGGCUACCCAUUCGGCCGAUGAGUUGGGAAAAAACAGCGCGUAGCUGCUGGAAAUUUCUGCCCCUGUUUUGUUUGGUUUCUUUAUUUGGCUUUUAGUGUGAUGGAGGUCAAUAAAACGUAAAUACCCAAAUGA